AUGGAAAUUCUCUAUCAUUUUAACUCUCACAUUCCGAUGGGACUACAACUCUACAUGACCGGUGAGAGAGGUGCAGGACCAACAUCUUUACAUGCUCUCCGACGUACAUCAGCAAAGUUGCAAAGUUUCAUACAUGUUUUAGUGGAAAUGGAUAAGGUCGUAACCGUUUUCUUAUUUGCUGCUUUUGUUGUGGUGAGCUGUGAGAAUGAGACUACGACACUAGCCCCGAGAGUCGUGCCGUGGAAUGAGACAGGUGUCUGCAGAAAAUGUAGCUGUAAAGAUGCUAAAGUGGACUGCUUCGAUCAAAGCCUCACAGAGUUCUUUUCGAAAGAAGAUUGGGCAAAUUUAAAAGAAUUUAAGCCCAUAUCUAUAGAUCUAAGUGACAAUUUGAUAACGAAUGUGACGGCUAUGGCAGAGUUGCCGGUGAAAGUGCUGAACCUUUCCCGAUGCUCCAUCUCCUUCAUAGAGAAUGCGAGUUUCAAAGAUCUACAGAAAAUGGAGACAUUGGAUCUGAGUCACAAUAAACUAACUUCAGAUAAACUGAGUCCACAUGCUUUUGAGGGUCGCUACCUACCAGAGGAGUAUGAACCUCUAGCUUCAAUGAGAAUCCUAAAUCUGGCCUACAAUGAUUUGCAUUCUCUCCACCAAGACCUCUUCGAGCAUUUACCAGAGUUAACUGAGUUGGACCUCAGUGGAAACCCUCUGACAACAAUCGAUCAUGUUACAUUGAUCGCAAUCUCCAGUUUGCCCAAGUUAAAGGUUCUUCGCAUGCGAUCUUGCAAACUCACAGAAAUACCAGAUAAGUUCCUUCACACCCUCCGGUAUUUAGAACGUCUGGACAUAAGUGAUAACAAACUAAUUUCAGUACCGCAAGAGCUGGAGGAAACUAAAAAUCUAAUAUAUCUAAACCUAAAUCAAAAUCCUAUCGUCAAAUUAGACAUGUCUUCAGAGAAAUAUCCGGGAUUUCCUCGUCUCCGAAAACUUCAAGAGCUUCACAUGUGUAAUAUGCGCGCUCUCGUCAGCAUCGGCGCAGGCGCACUCUCUGGCUUAGAAAAUUUACAGAAAUUGCACAUGAGCUUCAAUCCUAAACUGGAACACAUAGAUCCUAAGGCGUUGGCGCGACCUGAUGACAUCGGUGAGACGUAUGACUGGCCACUGAUUAAAGAGCUGUACCUCCAAUCCAAUAAUCUCUCAGAGGUAGACUCGAGAUUCCUCUCUAGGUGGGAUCUCGUAGAGGUUUUGAACAUCACUGAUAAUCCAUACAUGUGUGACUGCACUACACAAUGGAUGGUCGAUGUGCUCGUGCCGCUAGUUGAAGCGAAGGUGGUUAACGCUUCAGAAAAAUUGAUAUGCGCCGAGCCAAUAGAAAUGAAAGGCUAUACAAUGAAACAUUUGAAUGAUAUACAUCGCACCAUGCGCUGUUUGGACAAAUACGGAAAUCAUCCAGAAAGGGACGGGGCUAUGUUACUUGGAACUCUCAUUGGAGUACUUCUAGCGGUGCCAAUAGUAUUCGUGGUAUUACUACUUUGGCGUCGUGGGUACUUAGGAUGGCUGGGCAUGCGGCCGAAUGAGACGUCGCGGGCUUUCUACAAACGGGCGCCCCAUGAUGACAAUUAUAUA